AUGCGUACGCCGUUUCAAGCAUUAUAUAAACAAUCAAAGGCAACCCCUCGCUUAUCGUCGUCACAGAUUAAGUGGCGCUUGAGUGACCAACCAUAUAACCCCCAACUUGAUGACGAGGAAUUAGAAGAUAUAAAGCUUCGAGAACAGGUGCGGUGCACUAUCUUCCUGGGAUUCACAUCCAAUCUGAUAUCCAGUGGAGUGCGAGAGACCUUGUGCUACCUCACCAGGAACAAAAUGGUCGAUGCCAUGGUGUCGUCGGCUGGCGGCGUUGAAGAAGACUUCAUCAAAUGUCUCGCACCGACUUAUGUAGGGGACUUCCACCUGAAAGGCAGAGACUUGCGGUUGAAAGGACAAAACAGAAUCGGAAACCUGAUCGUGCCGAAUGAGAAUUAUUGUAAGUUUGAGGACUGGAUGAUGCCUAUCCUCGACAAGCUACUAGAAGAACAAGAGUCUCAGGGCAUCAAUUGGACCCCUUCCAAAAUAAUUCACCGUCUUGGUAAGGAAAUCAACCACCCGGAGUCGGUGUACUACUGGGCAUACCGAAAUAGCAUACCGGUAUUCUGUCCGGCCCUGACAGAUGGGAGUCUUGGUGACAUGAUAUACUUCCACUCAUACAAAAAUCCUGGACUAAGGGUGGAUAUUGCAGAGGAUAUCCGAGGCAUAAACUCCAUCGCCGUCAAGGCCAAGCAAUCCGGUAUGAUCAUUCUGGGCGGUGGUGUGGUGAAACAUCACAUCUGCAAUGCCAAUCUGAUGCGCAAUGGGGCGGACUACUCUGUCUUCAUCAACACCGGAAACGACUUCGACGGCAGCGAUGCGGGUGCUAAGCCGGACGAAGCUAUCUCCUGGGGAAAAAUCAAAAUAGACGCCAAACCAGUGAAGGUUACUGCGGAGGCUACCCUGGUAUUCCCCCUUCUCGUGGCUGAAACUUUCAAACAACAUUGGGAGCCGAAGGCAGACGUGUAUAAAGAGUAAGCACUUAUGCUAUGGUUUUAAAGCAUUUGAUUUAAAAACUCCCGUGCGUGUUUAGUGCACGUACCCGUACUACCGGAGAACGAGGCCAGAUGACUCUUCAGAAGGCUGUACAGCGAUGUCGCCCGGUCUUCGACUGUGUGAAUAGCAAUGCAUUCGUCGGUAUUCAUAGUCACUUCGAGUAAAAGUCUUGCGUAGUGAUUUGCACCACGCACAAUACAGCAAACCGUACAGAAGAUAUCUUAUUUAUAUGCGAGACUUAAUUGUGAGCGAUGGCAUACAAUCGUGACCGUGUGCAUACUAGAUAGAAUUGCUUUGAUGAGAUAGGGUUUCGGUUCGCCUCCAUACGAGACUAUUGAUUCGUUACGUAGACAUUGUAGCUACCUAUAGUCAAGGCCAAAGUAUGGCAUUUCAGACGCCCCAUCGACAUCCACACUUGCCCUGCGCGAACAAUAAAUAUGC